AGGAAUUCAUUCGAUCAACAUGCGCAAACUCGAGUUCGUGCCGGCCGCCGGUGAGAAGCUCGUGCUCAAGCUCUCUCCUCCGCCGCCGCUUGCUGACAAGCAGGCGUCUCUGGCGGACAACACGGCCGUCGUCGACUCUGACGGAGGUAACGCCGUCGGCAUCCCCUCCGAGCCCGUCUCGCUCAAGGAUGGCAUCGGCACCGGCACCGGCGGCACCGGCACCGCCAGCACCGGCACUGGCAACGUCCCGUCCGAGGGCGAGCCCGCCGGCUCGCUCGCCGGCGUCCACUUUGCGGGCGUUUCGCUCGACGCCGUGCCCGAGGCGUCCCGCUUCACCGUCGACGAUCCGGCCGGCGCCAAGGCCGUCGGCAUCCCGCCCGAGAGCGAGCCCAGCCCGCUCAAGGACGGCAUUGACGCGGGCGGCGGCAACGUCGCGGGCGAGUCUUCGCCGAUGAAGUCCUUCGCGAAGGUCGGAAUCGUGCCGGCUGACGACGGCCGCAUCACGAUCGUCAUCUCCGAGUCGGUGUCGCCUUCGCUCCUCGGAGCGAAGGACAUCUCCGUGGCGAAGUCUGGCACGGAGGACGUCCUCAAGAAGGACCCGGCCGCGGAAAAGGCGCCCGACGCGGGCGCGGUCGACUCGGACAAGGCCAAGGCCAUGUUCGCCACCCACGCCGUUUUCUGGUCCAAGUUUACGCGCCCGACCGGCCCACCGACGGCCCCCACCGGCGCCGUCGAGGGCGCCCUCAAGAAGGACAUCCCUGCGGCAACGUCUGGCGCGGAGGCCUGCGUUGACGAGACCGGCGCCAUCAAGAACCCGGCGCUCAAGCCGGCCACC